AUGCUUAAAAUAUUACCAAAUCAAAAGAAGAAAAAGAAAACUUAAUAAUUCCGAUUGAAACCUGAAUAAAUUACAGAUCCCUAGAAAGGAGUCGUUUACCUCUAUAAUUUAUGUAAAGACUAUCGGUUUGGCAAUGAUGAACUAGACGAACUAAACAAAUACAUGCAUGUCAUAGAAGAAUGGCAUUAUCAAAUAAUGCCUAAAUAUGACUUUGACUAUUUUACAAAUAGAUUAUAAAAAUUUGGAGGGAAUAAUAGUGUUUAAACUCACCUAUAAUUCCUCAGAAAGGCUCACAAAGGUCUAAUCCCCUGGCAUUUCGUACUUAAUCCAUUAGGAGAAUAACCGAUAAAUGAUCAGACCAUCAAUUAAACCUUUAGUGAGACCAUUGCCAAUAAUUCAGUAAUCUAAGAAGAACAGCAUUAGCAAAACAUAAUAUAACAUGAUCAGAACUUGAGUUAACCAGAUCCAUAACAAAACAACUCUACUACUGUUUCACAAAAAAAACCUUUAAAAUUAUCUCUAAAAAAAUAAAAUACACAACAAUCCUAAGUCAAAUCUGUUAAAAAGGAACUUACUGUUCGUUUCAAUGAUGAAGUUCAAUAUGAACCAUCACCAAAACCUAUUUAAGUGGAUGAAAAUUUUGAUGAUAUAUUUGAAUAGUUAGAGGCUGCUUAUAAAAUAAAAGAAGAAAAGAAACUAAUAAAUUGA